GCGGCGCGCGGCAGGGAGUCCAAGGCGGCGGCGCUGCUGGUUGAUCCGCUGCCGGAAGCGAGGAACCGAUUCAGCGCCGUCAUCGACAAGAUCUCGCGCCUCUACGCCGGCUCUGACAGCGACGACGAUGACGGCGGCAUGGAUGAUGGGCGCUCCGCCGCGGAGGGGGCGGACGGGGGAAGGGCGGGGCAGCGCGGCGACGAGGGACCAGCACGGGGCGGCGAGGGGGAGGGGGGAGCGGGCGAGGAGGGGUGGGAGGGGUGGGAGGAGGGUGGUGAGUGGGAGGAGGAGUACGACACGGCCGACCCCUUCAUUGACGACUCUGACCUCAAGGAGUAUUUCUCGUCCAACUGCAAGGCAAAGCGACCUGGCUUCUUUGUCAACCGAUCCGACCCCCAACACUCACCGCCCAGUCCUGCCUCGCCUGGCGGGUCGCCAUCAGCGGCAGCGCGGGCAGCAGGGGGGGCGUCACUGAGGGGCACGCUGCGGGGCGUGAAGCAGGCGGCCAGGGCGGCAGGGGGGGCGGUGGCAGGCAGGGGCGGGCGCGGCAGGGGCGGGCACAGGGCGCAGCACGUGGCAGCGCUGGGCGUGCGGCGCAGGGGGGCGCUGAAAGGGGGGUUUGGCGGGCAGGGGGGGCGCGGGGGGAGUGAUAGAGGCGAAGAUGUGAGACAUGCAGCAAAGGAUGGUGUUGCUGUGGCUAACCAUGCUUGGCACAUGAAAGACGAGGCUGUUCUCUAUGCAACAUGGCAGCGAGGGUUUGUAUUGUGGAGUGAAGUGCCAAGGUGGCUGUGA